CGACGCUCGUCUCGCCUGAGCUUGCGGGAGUUAAAACUAAAGAAAAAAAAGAACCCCUUGGCUUGAGUUGUAGCAUAUCCGUUAUCGGAUUAGCGGCCGCGAGCUAACAAUAGCCCGCCCAUGAACAGCGACGGCCGAUUCGGAGAUGCACGAGCGAGCGUGGUGUGGGCUCCUCCAGCCUCCGCGUCUGUGACUCCGUACCGCCUUCGGCUCGCUGGCUCGACCGGCCUUUUAUAAUCCUUGGCACGCCUUCUCAGCUCCUUUCAUUUCUCCUCCUUUGAUUUGAACCUCAAAUCUAUCCCGAGUGAGCCUCAUUGCGUCGACAUGGGUUUCAAGUCUGCCCUCCUGCUGAGCGCGGCAGCUUCUGCUGCGGCGGAGAAAGUCCACGGCGUGGUCGUGUUCUCCCGCCACGGAGAUCGCACAACCAAAUGGUACGGCUCGCAGCAGCUCACCAGCCUGGGCGCUGAGCAAAACUUCCAAGUGGGAGGUGACUACCGCGCUCGCUACCUCGAGUCCGAUUCGGAGCACCAGAUUGUCGGCAUCUCAGAGGAUGAGUACGUCCCGUCGCAGGUCUUUGCCAGCGCGCCCGACCAGGGCAUCUUGAUGAACACGGCCACUGCCUUCCUCCAGGGCCUGUACCCGCCUCUGUCGGACAUUGCCCCUGCGUUGGCCACCCAGACCCUCAACAAUGGCACCAACAGCACCAGCCCCCUGGAUGGCUACCAGUAUGUCCUCCUCCAGGGCGUCGACGACAGCUCGCCCAACACUAUCUGGAUCAAAGGCGACGACGACUGCCCAGGCUAUGCCGAGUCGUCCAAGGCCUUCCAGAAAAGCGACGUCUUCAUGCAGCGCGACUAUGAGACGCGCAACUUCUAUGAGGGCUUUUAUGACAUCCUCGCCGACGAUGUGUACAACAUUGAGCCGGAGGACUUGACCUACGCCAACGCGUACAGCAUUUUUGACCUCAUCAACGUGGCUCGGAUCCACAACGAGUCGUCUGCCGCCCUGAACGUGUCUGACGAGGAUUUCCUCAGGCUGCGGACUCUGGCCGACUCUGCCGAGCUCGGCAAGAACUGGAAUCAGUCCGAGCCCGACCGCUCCAUUGGCGCCGAGACCCUGUCCGGCGCCAUCCUCGCCAAGCUCAACGAGACUGUCACCUCCGAGGGUAAGCUCAAGUUCUCCCUCUUGGCUGGCAGCUACGACACCUUCCUGGCCUUCUUUGGCCUGUCCGGCUUGCUCGACGUGUCCAAGGACUUUUACGGACUGCCCGGGUACGCCUCCACGAUGGCCUUUGAGCUGUAUGCCGACGGUGACAGCGAGGACUUCCCCGCAGAGGAUGAUCUUCGCGUGCGCUUCCUCUUCAAGAACGGCACCGCUGGCGAGCUCCAGACCUUCCCGCUUUUUGGCACCGGCGACGACACGCUUUCGUACGCCACCUUUGUCGACAAGAUGAAUGACCAGGCAAUUACCGGUGUGAGCACCUGGUGCGACCGUUGCCAGUCGGCAACCGAUUUCUGCGCCGCUUACGACAAUGAAUCGACCAACAGCCAGGGCGACAAGGACAGUGGCAAGGGAGGCAUGUCUAAUGCUGUUGCCGGUGUCAUUGGUGCCAUGGUCACGCUAGGCGUUGUUGCUGUGGUCGGUGGCGUGGCAUUUGUUCUAAUGAAGAAUAAGAAGCAGAGGUCAGUCGCUGCGGCUGCCGAGAAGAGCAGUAUCCACAGCGGCAGCGUCGAUGUGAAGGCUUGAAACCCGUGCCAACCACGGUGGUAGCGAUAAUGAGAAGCAUGGAAUGAAUGUUGAUGGACCGUAUUGAUAUUGAUCUCCUCACAAUUUUGU